AAAUCAAACCAAUUUACUUUGUUUUUCUGAUAAUUUCUCAUAAAAAAAAGAACUGCUUAGUUUAAAAGUUGUAAGCCGAGGAGUACCAGAUAAUUCCCGCAGUUCCAACCACUAACGAGCUGCAGGUUAGGUUUUGUUAGCUGGUCCAACAGAAAACACCACUUCGUGUUGCACAUGCGCCACAACCCAAUCGUUAAUCUCAAAGCAUCACCGUUCAUCAUUUAAACCUAAAUGAACUAGUCUUCGAUGAAAACAAUGCCUUGUGCGUGUAUUCCACUCCAAAUAAAUCGCCCAACAUUUAAAAAAAAAAUUAAUAUCAAUAAAAAGACCCUCAAAUUCUCCGCCUAGUUGUCUUACUCCUCUCGUAUAAAUUUCACUCUUCCUGUUUAAUUUAUUUCCAUUUUGUUUUAAAUAAAUUUCAUUUCUUUUUUACUUUCGCUGCUGCAAGUGCAAAUUCAAUGGCUGCCAUCUUCCAAGGAGUUGGGGCGGCUGCUGCGUUAUCAUCAUUACCCUCCAAUUCUUUCGAUUCCAAAAAUUUUCUUUUUUCUCCUCGUAGAUCCUUCUCCGUGAGGAAAGCGCCGAGCUUUGUGGUAGUCAGAUCUGAUGGAACCAUGAACUUGGAUUUGAACCCUAAAUGUCGAAGGGCUCAACAAUUUAUUGCCAAUGCAGUUGCGACCAAAGAAGAUAGCUCCGCAGCGUCGUCAUUUUCGAAACCAGGGAAUGAGCUUUUACUUUUUGAAGCUCUACGAGAGGGAUUGGAAGAAGAAAUGGAGAGGGAUCCCCGUGUGUGUGUCAUGGGUGAAGAUGUGGGUCACUAUGGAGGUUCCUACAAAGUGACCAAAGGACUAGCUACGAAGUUUGGGGACCUUAGGGUUCUUGACACCCCUAUUGCGGAGAACUCUUUCACUGGCAUGGGAAUCGGAGCUGCUAUGACUGGCUUGAGACCAGUUGUUGAGGGUAUGAACAUGGGAUUUCUCCUCCUUGCUUUUAAUCAGAUCUCAAACAAUUGUGGUAUGCUUCAUUAUACGUCUGGUGGCCAGUUUACCAUACCAAUAGUUAUUCGUGGACCUGGUGGUGUUGGACGGCAACUUGGUGCAGAGCAUUCUCAACGCCUUGAGUCCUAUUUUCAGUCAAUACCUGGAAUUCAAAUGGUUGCAUGUUCAACCCCUUACAAUGCCAAGGGAUUAAUGAAGGCUGCUAUCAGAAGUGAGAACCCUGUUAUACUUUUUGAGCAUGUUUUGCUUUACAACCUCAAGGAGAGAAUCCCAGAUGAGGAUUAUAUCUGUAAUCUUGAGGAAGCUGAGGUGGUAAGGCCUGGAGAACAUGUCACUAUUCUAACCUAUUCAAGGAUGAGGUAUCAUGUGAUGCAGGCAGCAAAAACUUUGGUGAACAAGGGUUAUGAUCCUGAAGUAAUUGAUAUUAGGUCAUUGAAACCAUUUGAUCUUUACACCAUUGGUAACUCAGUUAAGAAGACACAUCGUGUUCUUAUUGUGGAGGAGUGCAUGCGGACAGGUGGUAUUGGUGCUAGCUUGACCGCUGCCAUCACUGAGAAUUUCCAUGAUUAUUUGGAUGCUCCAAUCAUCUGCUUAUCUUCACAGGAUGUGCCUACACCAUAUGCUGGAACAUUGGAGGAAUGGACUGUAGUUCAGCCUGCGCAGAUUGUGGCGGCGGUUGAGCAGCUCUGCCAGUAGUUGUGAUAGCAGUAAUAGUGAUUCCAUAGUUGAAGUUCUGUUAAUCUUGUCGUGUUUAGUACGAAAGCAGUUCCUUUGCAACAUCAUUUUCGAUCUCUAAUUCCUGUUCCUUGGCAAUUUUGUCAGUUCAAACUUGCAAGUUUUCAUCAGGUUGAGGCCCUUGUGAUCUUGUUCUUUCUUGACUAAAAUGGCAAGUAAGAUCCUUAAGCAAUAGUUAUAGGUAGAAUUAUGGAAAAUAACUCUGUACUUUCCAUUUCUCUUCACAUUGCUAUACACUUAUUAGACAAAGUCGUGUAAUUUUUUCUAUUAAUAUGGUAUGGCAAAUGAAUCUUAAUUUGUUUA